AAAAAUAGAAAAGAACGCGUUCGUUAACAUGUUGUGUUGAAUCCUCCCUUUUAAAAUCCAACGAACCUUAUAAUACUUUUUUUUCAACUUAAUGAUGAACGAGUGAAUAUUGUAUUGAUUUCUAAUAUAAUUAAUAAUUGUAAGAUCAGUGGAGUGACUUCAGAGAGCUGAUUCGCAACAUCUAUCCCGUCCAGAAAAAAAAAUCUCAACAUGAAACAAAAAUUUUGUUUAGGAUUUCUUAUAAUCAUCUAUAUUCAAGGCAUAUUCGCUUGGAGAGAUGAAUUUACUUGCGACUCUAUCGAAAUAAAAAAUGAAACCGCUAUUGAUCAACUUCGAAAAUGUGUGAAAGUUAAAGGAUAUGUGCUACUUUCAAAUUUCCGAAUAACCAAACCUAUUCACAUCAAUGCAACAAAACUUGAAGAAAUUUCUGACUAUCUCCUUGUCUAUCGAGUAGAAGGACUACGAAGUUUGCAAGAAAUUUUUCCAAAGCUGGUAAUCAUUCGUGGUCAUAAUUUACUAUUUGACCGAUAUGCACUUGUUCUAUAUGAAAAUAGAGAUAUUCGAAAUAUAGGUUUAAAAUCUCUGUUGAAAAUUCGAAAUGGAAACAUCAAAAUUGAGUCAAAUCCAGUUCUGUGUUAUGCUGACACAGUCAAUUGGAUGUACAUUGUGGAAAAUCAUAUGAAGCAGCACUUUUUGUUAAAGAACAAUCAAAAUCAAAAUGAAUGUCCCAAAUGUGUAAAACUGGAUGACAAUAUUAAAAAGCACAACAUUUCAGAAUCAAAAUAUUUUCAAUUCAAUUGUUGGAACAAAGAUAGCUAUCAGCUUAAAAAACCUGUAGACAAUACAACAGAUUGUCCUAAGGAUUGUAAAGAUGGAGGAUGCUCAAGAAGUGGAAAAUGCUGUUCACCUCUCUGCUUAUCAGGAUGUCUAGCAGAAAAUUGCAGAAUUUGUAAGGAUUUCAAGAGACUACAAGGAAAUUGUGUUGCAACAUGUAAUAUUCCAUUAUACAAGCUUGGCGACAAAUGUGUUACGGUAGAAGAAUGCAAACUAAAUCAAUUCAUACCGCAUGCUGGUUAUUGCAUUGAAUACUGCCCAGCAAGUUAUCAACAGGACUUCUAUUAUGGUAUUCCAGAAUGUAAUUUAAAAUGCGAGCGCAACUUUACUAUUCGGUCUAUAAAGGAUUUAGAGCUGAUAAAAGACUGCGUUAUUAUUAAAGGUUCGCUACACAUCGAACUUAAAGGAGAUCAAUCUGAAAAUAUUAUUCAAGAACUUGAAAAUGUUCUUGGUGGCAUAACCGAGAUAAGAGAUUAUUUAAAAGUUACUAAAUCACCUCAAAUAAUGAGUUUGGGAUUUUUAAAAAGACUUGACACGAUUAGGGGUGAAAAUUUGAUCAACAAUGAAGUUGCAUUGUUCGUUGUUGACAAUUUUCAUUUGGAAGAACUUUGGCCAGAUAAUCAUAAAAUUGCAAUAUUCAAAGGUCGUUUGUUUUUCCAUUUAAAUCCAAUGUUGUGUUAUGAAAAGAUCCUUCAAUUAGCUCCAUCACUGAAAAGUUCGGAUAAGAUUGAUAUUCGAGAUGCUUCUCAUAAUUCAAAUGGCGAAAGAAAUACUUGUGGAAGUGGUGUUAAGUUAAUUUAUCCUGUAUUUGAAGAAGCCAAUGCCACAGCUGCUCGAGUGAAAUUAGAAACAAGACAUUCAGACGAUAGAUAUGCUCUUUUGGGUUAUCUUUAUUAUAUUAAAGAAGCUCCAAUUAAAAAUGUAACAAUGUUUGAUGGAAGACAUGGAUGUGGACGCGAUAACUGGAAAAUGGAUAUGAAAUUAAGUCCGAAUAUUCGACAUGUCUUCUCAAACUUAAAACCAAAUACUCAAUAUGCGUACUUUGUUAAAACAUUCAGUUCGAAAGAAAACAAUCAUCAAAGCCAGGCUUGGUAUUCUCCAAUACAAUACUUUAAAACAGCGCAAACAAAACCGGGACCAGUGCAAAAAAUUUACUCAAUUCAAAUUGCAAAAACCGCAACUGUAAUACACUGGUGGCCGCCAAAAAAUUCGAAUGGUAUCAUCGAUAAAUAUAUAAUUAGACAUGUAUUGACAGAGCAUCAUUUUAGAUAUUCACAAAUAUUCGGAUACAGUCCAGAUAGAAACGAAAGCAAAGAUUGUGAAUGCAAUAUCAAGCAAAAAAUUCGUAUACCACCGCCAUCUGAUAUGAACUACUACAACAAGGAAAAAAUUUUAUUCGAAAUUGCUGUACAGAAUUUCGUUUAUAUUUCAUCGAAACAAAUUGAAAAAAGAGAAAAUGAAACAGCAAUAGAGGAUCAAAGUCGUCGAAAGCGUGAAACAACAACAACAACUACUGAAGUCCCCACCACUACACAAACAACAACAACAACUUUAAAGCAAGACUCAACAACCGAAAGCAAACCCAUUAGUGAUGAACUUUCUGAUAUGUUGGCAAAGCAUUUUGCGGAACAGGAAAAGAAAUCAAUCAAAGAACAGGAUACAGGAAUAGACAAUUUUAUUAUUAUACAACCAAAAGAAGCUUGCCCAGCAAAUUCAAGCUCGGAUUAUCAAAAGCAAAACAAUUGUGAAAUCAUAGAAACUAAUGAGGGCACUGAAGUACCUGGAUCAAUGCAUUCUUAUAUUCUGGAAGAUCUGGAGCCUGAAAAAAUAUAUCAGGUUUUUGUUAGAGCUUGUGUAAAAGAUUUACCAAACGGCUGUGGCCCAGAGAAAUUCAUUGAAGUUGAAACGCACAGCAAGAAGUUUGAGACAGCAAAAACAGACCAAAACAAUAAGAUAUUAUUUUUUUUUUAAAUAGGUACAUGUUUGUUUUUCGUU